AUGCGGGGAGACACCAGGACACCCCUUGUGCUCGUUUCGCGGGGUUCGACCCAACCAACCACGACGGCUGCUCGACGCGCCGUGCCUGCUCCGCUCUUCCCGUAUCUGCGUACUUGUCUAUCUUUCGACGAAAGCGCUAAUCGAAUAUCGCAAUUCAGGCGGGCGGCGACGCUCGAAGAUCGCAUGCACCAUCUGGAGACGCUCAUUCAGGCUAUUCCACCUGCCGUAUUCGCUGCCGGGGGAAGCACCACCACAAGCAGGCUCUCACCGAUUGACCCUACCACGAAUCCACACGCGUCGUUUGCGUCGUCGACACAUAUCUUUCCUACGGCGGUGCCGCCGCCGUCGCUUAGCUCUUAUCCACUCAUGAACCCAUCGACAUUCUUCGCGCCCGUGAAGGCGGCGCGAAACCGUAGCCCGGGAAGCGUACCAAACGCGGGUCCAGAAAACAUUGUAGAGGAGCCUCCGCGCAUCGCAUUGUCGUCCUCGUAUUUGUAUUUUGACGAUGAAGGUUAUACGCGUUGGCAGGGCGAGACAUCUGGGCUGCCAUUGUUAGAUUUAUUGGUUGAGAAGAGGGGUGUCGUGCCGAAACCGGACCCCGAGAAAGUGGCAGGGAUGCAGGUACAAGCUUGGACGAGCCAAAAUGGCCAUGCGCAGGCGGCGAUGGGCGAUUGGUUCCCGGACAGGACGUCGAAGAGGACGGACAAUAAUCCGGAGAUGAUUUGGAAGCUUAUCACGUCGUUCAUUGCUCCGGAACUCAUGGAUAGCUUGGUGCAGUGUUUCCUGUCGACAUCAUAUUACUUAAUGCCUUUCCUUCAUGUGCCGACAUUCCUUGCGGAUUACGGUAACCCUCGAAAAUGGGGCGAGCCUGGAUUUGCGAGCUUCAUCGUAGCUAUAUGCUGUCUCUCAUCAAGACAUAUCGACGACCCUCGCGUCCGUGCGGACCCAGCUGAUGGCAAUAGUGCUGGCGCACAGUGGUUUGACCUCUUCGGGCGGUUGCGGACGCUCCCGAGUGCCGAUCGGCCGACCAUUUACACCGUGCAAGGCGUACUCAUCGCAGGCGUGUACGCGGUGGGCUCAGGCAAGCUGUCUAGAGCGUUCGGCUUGCUCUCAGAGGCGGUGACGCUUUCCAUCGAUAUCGGCCUUCACCGCUCGGUGGACGACUAUGACGUCUUCGACGCAAUCGAAGACGAGGUCCGGAAGCGCACGUUCUGGUGCGUAUAUCUAUGGGACAAGCAGGCGAGUUCGUACUUUGGCCGUCCGCCCAUGAUUCGCCUACGCGAUUGCGAUGUUGGCGAGCCGGCUAUCGUGGAUGACGAAUGCAUCACGCGCGAUGGCGUCGGUGUGCAGCCUGCCGAGACCGAAAGUCGCAUGAGCGCAUUCGUGAGCUGCGUGCGUACCUUCGUCGUGCUGGAGUCCGUGGUCGAUAUCCCGCCCCCAUGCAACUUUAGCGAUGGGUCCUCACCAUUCUUAGCGCGCGCGACGGCCGUGCUCGGCCCUUUCAAGCGCGCGAAGGAGCUCUGCGAGGAAGAGGCGCUGUUGGACGAGAUCGUGCGAUCGAUACCGCCCCAUUGGGCGCAUUCGGUGGAGACGAUGAUGAGCGACGAUGUAUUGCGGGUGACACAGGCGAGCCGGCUGCACUGCGCGCAGCAGUAUGUGCGGAUGCUCAUCCACCGGCAUCGGUUCUCGGAGAUGGUCGCGGAGCGGACACAGGGCCAGUAUGCGGGCGAGCAAACGGAAGCAGAGAGCGAGGCGAUGCGGGCGGCGCAUGCGUGUGCACUGCAGAUCGUCUCGUCCCAUUUGCAUAUCGCGGCGAAAGGUCUGAUGACGUACUACGGCGUGCAUGUCAUCCAUCAGCUCACUGCUGCCGGCCGCACGUUGGUCGCCAUCUUGUUGUGUUGUCAUCCGGAGCGGAUGCAACCGCUGAUUGCCCCUGGCCUGGAAGCGCUGCGUUCGUGUGUCGGCUUGUUGAAGCGUUUCAGUGGCCGCUAUGUUUGUGGGCAGCGGUCAGGCGACCUUAUGGAGGAAUUCUGUAGAUUGACGCAAAUCCCACUGGAAGGGUCGCGCAACGUUGAGACACCCGGGCCUAGCAACCGCCCGCCCUGGGUACGCCCGGCGCGCAAGAAAACACCCUCGAGCGCACGGUCCCCUGCGAACUCUGCGGACUCACCUUCACAUCAUGGAAGCCCAGAAGAGUUCUCAACAAACGAUGCGUUCCUUGAUCUGCGGGGCACGAGCCAGGAACCUGCACCCUUCUCCCCAUCGGCAAAUCCAUCGACUCAGAACGUCGCGCAUGCGCUCUCACAAAACGCCUUCGGACUGGGAGGCCACUCCAACGGCGCGGUGCCCACCUUCAUGGACACCCCCGGCGGUAUGGACAUGAUGAACACCGACAGCACGCUUUCGAUGUCUGCGAAUGACAUUUUGGCCCUCUUCAACGAAGGCAAUGUGGAUAUGACCUCGCUGUUGAUGUCGCCGAAUCUGGGCGGGACGACGGAAUCUCAUGGUGGUGGUACGUUCUACAGUAUGACACCUACAGCGAACGGUAACGGCGCUGUGGGCAUGGUCUCGCCAUAG